AUGGCGGACUCUGCGAAGGUGCAGCUGACCCGCUGGGUGGAUAGCCAGGAUGAUCUUUGCGACGAAGACAAGGUCGCGAUGACGCUGGUGUUCAUCAACGUUGACGACGCUACGUGCCAGGCCUACAUGGCCAUGGACGAACGCCGUCGGAAAGCCAUUCUCAAAACAGCUGCUGCAGAUCACGCCGAGCCGGAUGCUUGGGACGACAUGAUGCAGCGGCUCAGCAAGUGGUCCGAUGACAUGGUGAGCUGCCAGCACUGCCGCACUGCCAGGUAG